GUCUGUGUUACUGGAACAGAAACUACCAAUAAGAAAUUAUUUCAUAUCAGAUUUGUAAAAGAAUUUGAAAUAUUAUUCCUGGUUUAGUUGCUCAAUAUAACUCUACCUCCAUUAUAAUAAUGGCGGCUAACGACACCUUUCAGUAUUCUCUGGACAGAGACGUGGUGUACGUAUCAAUCCGCUCAAUUCAAAAAUUUCUUAUCCCAGUGGUGUGUUUCCUGGGAUCGACGGGAAACAUUCUUGCGGCAUGCACAUUCCUAGCUCGAACUUUGAGAGACAAAUCGUGCUGUCUGUACCUGGCGGCAAAAUGCCUCUCAGAUACAAUGUUCUUAAUUAGUUUAUUUCUCGUGUGGUUAGAUCGAGUUGACGUGCCUGCCUUCCAUUUACAUGGAUUUUGUCAGAUCAUCAUCUUUGUGACUUACAUAUGUGGAUUUUUAUCAGUUUGGUUUGUUGUGUUCAUCACGGCCGAAAAUUAUAUCAGAGUGUCCUGUCCUGGUCGGGUGUCUCAGUUAUGUACACCUGAAAAAGCUAAGACCGCCAUUCUUAUAUUAGUUAUCAUAUCUAUUUUUGUUUACCAUUUUCCAUUAUGGACAACCGGAAUUGUUCUCAAUAACGGAACGGCCGGGCAGUGUUCUCUACUAGCGAAAUACAACGUAGUUAAUCAAGGUCUCACCUACGCGGACACCGUGCUCACGUUAGCUUUACCUUCAGUGCUCAUCAUCUUCCUUGUUGUCGCCAUUUUGUGUCACCUUUAUGAAGCCUUUAAAAGACAGAUAAGAUUACGACGCCUGGGGCGUCAUCCGAGAAGAUCGUUUCUCAAUAAAUCGCCACACGGAAGAAUCACGAAAAUGCUGUUUGCAGUUUCUACAGUAUUUAUCUUAUUCCACACCCCGAGUCACGCGAUCCGACUAAGACUUUUGAUACUUCAGUUCCUCAAUAAGGACAUAAACCCCGUGGAAGAAUUUAAAUUACAGCGAAUAUUCGAACUACUUUAUUAUGUUAACUUCUCAACGAAUUGUGUCAUUUAUCUUAUUUUCGGAAAAUCAUUUCGACAAGUCUUCAAACAGAUUUACUGUAAACCGCAACCAUGUUGUGCUAAACAAAAAACGAGCCCGCAACAGCGAAGAUUCAGCAGCCUUUUUCAGUCUGAAAACUUGGCGGAGAAGGAAACGGAAACAAUCUGCCUUCAUUCAGUGGAUGAUGUUUGGGAGAAAAGAAACUCAGCGACAUCAACAAGUGACAAGUGAUAGCGAUAUAUACGAUUUACGAAUUCCAUGAAAAGUGCUUCUUCAACAACGCCGGUGAAAUGG